CCACGCCCACUGAUUGAGAUUUAAACGCACCUGGCUGCUAACGUCAAUUUCAGUCCCUAUGCUGAAGUUUUCUUUUAUGACUCAUGAUGUCUGAUAUUUAGCAUAACUGGCAGUUGGGAUUAUUUGUAACAAUAUAUUUGGAUAAUGCAUGGUGUGUGUGUGUGUGCUAUUUUUGUUCUGAUAAUUAUUUUGAUAACAAUCAAUAACAAGGUGUCACAUUUACUGCACUCCUGUUGUGUCGAGAAGCCAGAGCUUAAUGCUGCAGAACAACUAUGUAAACUGGUAAAUAUUGAUCUGUGCUCUCAAUAGUUUGACAUCAUCCAGACCGCUUAACAUUGUCUGCGAGCCCCGAAGCAGCUGCCGCGGUUUUCCUGGAAAAACAAAAUAAUAGCAACAACGCAGCCAUUUUGAGUAGUCUACGAUGAAGUAAAAUAGAUACAAAAUGCUUCGAUACUGUGUGUGAAUCUGUAAAGACGUGUUGUACGAUACAAAUGCUCCCUUUGAGAGCCCCCUCGAUGUGAUACAGUCCCACCAGAGGCAGCUCUAUGAGCGGUGUCGUUGUUUUCCAGCGGAGCUGUCAGACGGAGUUGGCACAUCGCACUACAACUCGUGACCAUUUGUCCCGGAAUUUAUUCUCCUCGAAGGAACCAAUCACAGCGCCCGGCGAGGCCGCGUCACCGACGGUGCAUCCAAUCAGCGCAUGCGUCUCACGGGCGAGCGCAGCUGGGCAAAGAUGGCGGCGGGCUCCGAUUUGCUGGAUGAUGUUUUCUUUAACACAGAGGUGGACGAAAAAGUAGUUAGUGAUCUCGUCGGAUCUCUGGAGUCCGAACUAACUGGAGCGAGGCACGUCAACGCAACCACCAAGCUCCAGGUUGCAGCAAAUCACGUCGGCAACUCAGCUGUAGGUGGCAAUUCCAAUGUUCAGGGCAGCAAAAUGGGACUUUCACAACAAGAGCUUGCAAAAGCAGGAGUGCACGGAGGUGUCAUUAACAGUACGGGGUCCCGCGGUUCGAGCAUGGAGCACGGAGCAGCCGGGACCACAUCGAGCGUGACAGCUGCUCAGAGUCCGUCCAAGCCGGGGUCAGCCAGCGGAGUCGUCACGGUAGUGUCUGGUGUUGGGAAACCCGGAGCGGCUGGUGUUCAAACUUUGAAUGGAGGUGCCGUGGUGAUGAACUGUCACAUCAGCGGAGGAGGCGGCCACAACAACAACAACUCGCAGCCCGUUGUCACGCUUGUCAACAACGGACCAGCUGUUUCUGUGAGCAAAGGCAGCGCGACGGUUUUAUCCGCAACGCCAAGUACUAUUAUUCAAACUUCACCGAAUGCUGUGAUUUCGUCUGUGAAAACUGUUCCCACUGUCACGCUCGUGAGGCCACCUAUGCAAACUGCCACUAACGCCUCACACAACAGCGGAGACAACCCCACCACGGUGCUGACAUCGCCGGCAGUCGUCGGAGUUACCGGAGCGUCCGGCUCGCUCGUGAACAAAUUCGACUCCACAAAAACCGUAAUGCAGACUGGCGCGCACGUCGCGACGACGGCGACCAUGAGGAGCCCGACCGUGUUGCAGAACUUGAGGGCUUCGGUACCGUCACCCAUCGCCGCCACUCCUCACGCUGGAAUACGAGCUAUUGCUCCACAGGUGUUGGCACCUCGGCUCGCUGCGCCUCAACAGAGCGCCCCGAACAUCCAAAACAUCCAGCUCCCUCCAGGCAUGGUCUUGGUCCGCAGUGAGAGUGGGCAGCUGCUGGUGAUUCACCAGCAGACCUUGGCUCAGAUGCAGGCUCAGUCGCAGUCCCAAAGCGCCAUGACACCACGGCCUCCAGGCCCCACCAGCACUCCACCUGUCCAGAUCACUUCUCUUCAGGCUCCAGGCGCGUCGCUGCUGGCUCGUCCGGUUACCCCCACCACCAUUAUUAAACAAGGAUCUGCAGUCCAGACCACCGUGACGGCCAACACCACAUUGCAGAGGCCUCCCGUACUGCAGAACACCAUCAUGCUGGGAGGGACGGCCACUACCCCGGGACAGCCGCUGGGAACGCCCACUCCAGUGCAGCCCGGUUCUGCAGCCACAGCAGUUACACAGCGGGUAGCUGGGACCCCUGUCACUCCAACAGCUAUCUCAGCUGAGACACUGGAGAAUGUAAAAAAGUGUCGGAACUUUCUGUCCACGUUGAUCAAGCUGGCAUCCAGUGGAAAACAGUCCUCUCAGACUACGGCCAACGUCAAGGAGCUGGUCAAGAAUCUGCUGGAAGGGAAGAUAGAGCCAGAAGAUUUUACCAGUAGGUUAUACCGGGAGCUCAACUCCUCACCACAGCCGUACCUUGUGCCUUUCCUGAAGAGGAGUCUCCCAGCACUGCGUCAGAUGACCCCAGACUCAGAGGCCUUCAUCCAGCAGAGCCUGCUGCCUCAGCCCAGCACUCCAGCUGCUGCAGCAGCCUCCACGGCCCUCACCGCUGUGGUGCUGCGACCUCCUCACUCCACGGUCGCCGCCGCCGCCGCCGCUGCGGCCACCAGCACUGCCGCGACCAAAACCACAGUUAUCAGCCUCACUCAGACAUCUCGCAGUAAACCCGGACUGAUAGUGCCCCAGCAACAGGUGACGCUGGCUCAGUCUCCCAUGGUAACUCUCAGAGGACAAUCUCAUAGCCGCAUUAUUGUGGGACAUCCACAGGGGGUCAAACAGCUGCCGACAGCGAUGAAGCAGGCGUUGGCUCCAGGAGCUAAAGGAGUGCAAGUGGUGGUUCAGGCUCCUCUCACUGCUGCUCAGAAGAACAAGCUGAAGGAGGCGGGAGGAGGAACCUUCAGGGAUGACGAUGAUAUCAAUGACGUGGCCUCCAUGGCAGGAGUCAACUUGUCAGAGGAGAGUGCCCGUAUCUUAGCAACCAACUCUGAGCUUGUUGGCACGGUGACUCGAUCCUGUAAGGACGAGAGCUUCGUCUCCGCCUCUUUACUCACCCGGAGAGCUCUGGAGAUCGGUAAGAAGUUCGGUGUCGGCGAGCUGGGCUCCGAUGUGAUCAACUUCAUCUCCCACGCUACGCAGCAGCGGCUACAAAACCUGAUGGAAAAAGUGUCUCUAGUGGCGCAGCAGAAAAACACAACCUUCAAGGUGAUUAUUGAUCUAACUCUAGAGCCGGAGGAUGAGCGGUCCGAGCAGGUCAGCGAUGUGCGAUCCCAGCUUAAGUUCUUCGAGCAGCUGGAUCAGAUGGAGAAGCAGAGGAAGGAGGAGCAGGAGAGGGAGAUCCUCCUGAAGGCUGCCAAGUCUCGGUCACGGCAAGAAGACCCUGAGCAGCUCAGACUUAAACAGAAGGCCAAAGAGAUGCAGCAGCAGGAGCUGGCUGAGAUCAGACAGAGAGAAGCCAACCUAACAGCGCUGGCGGCUAUCGGCCCCAGAAGAAAGCGUAAAAUGGACUCUCCUGUUAGGGGCGCCAGUGCAGAGGGCUCGGGGUCGGGCCCCUCUCAGCCCGGCGGCUCCGGCGGAGCAGGCUCCAGACAGUUUAUGCGACAGCGCAUCACCAGAGUCAACCUCAGGGACCUGCUCUUCUGCCUGGAGAAUGAAAGGGGGACCAGUCACUCUCAUCUGCUCUAUAAAGGCUUCCUCAAAUAGCACCCGCAUUGAAAUAACUCAUCUCGCUCAGUGGCAUUAAGGAAGCGGAGUCGGCUCAGAGCCUUUUCUGCCGGUACUUUUAUUUUCUUUGAUCACCCGCUGCUGGAUGAGGAGACGUCUAUCUGUGGGAAGAGAAUUAUCUGCAGCACUGAGGAGAACAUCUUCUUUUAAAAGCCUCUUCAAGCACAGGUCUUGUAUUUUUCAGAGGAGCAAAUAAUUGAACUCGGCCCUGAUUUCAGAGCGCCUCUCCGCACGUUUUGCUCUUUACAGACCGGUUGCACCCAACCACACUUCAGUCAUGCACUGCCUCAUGCUGCACACAAGAAACACAUCUUUAACUGAACUGAGCACUUUCAGACCCAAAGACCUUGUCAGUGUCACGUGCACCGACACCCGUGAUGUAGCAGAAAAUCAGAUUUUACGAAACCGCAGUAACGUGAACACUCUGUUUAUUGAAGUUCCUAACAGAGAUUGUCCUUUAAGCCAUUUCUACGAUAUUUUGUUACAGUUCUAAUGCCCGUGGAUUGUUUUACAGAGACUAAUCUUGCCUAGCCUUGUCAUCUGCUGAGUUGCCUUCUUAACAAAUUAAGCCAUAUGGAUUAGAAUGUGUUGAUCGGCUUCCGUUUGCUUCAUCUCUCCGGCAGUUCCCUCCAGAUUUGUAGGACGUGUGCUUGGGUGUUUUGUUGUGCUCUUCCUCUGUUCGUCUCGGCUCGACUGGAAACAGAAAGCGACGGUUUGUAUGUCACGUGUUGCGCAUGACGUGUUUGUGAACUCUCGCCACUCUUUAUCGUUUUCACUGUGAGCUCUGCAGACUCGCCGGUUGACAGCGAAACUCCACCACACGCGUUGAGAUUUGUUCCCUUUCACACAAAGAGCUGCAAACUUGUGUAAUGUUCGAGGAAGCUUUGAGUGAAGUGUUCACUGUGAUGGCUCUCAUGAAGAAGGAUCUGGGUGGCUGAAUGGAUGAAACACAUUGGAACUAGAAUAGUGUAGCUGUGGUUGUUAGUAAUGUAAAGUAUCCAGGCGGUGUAGCUCAUGGACUACAAUGUGAAUUUAAAAUAAUUGAGGUUGGAGAAAUGAUAUUAUUGGUUCCACACAUUUUUAUAUUUAUGAAUAAUGGAGGAGGACCAUGUUGGGUAAACGUGGGCGUGACUUGCAGGAGGAGGACUGCACUUUGACAGAUCACUUUUCUAAAACGCGUCGAUCCGAUGAACAUACACACUUUAUAUAUUUUUAUAUUUUUAGCGCACAUACUAAUAUUGGUCUUUAUACCUUUGUCAUUUUAUGAGAGAAUGUUUAUCGGCAAAUUUUAUGACUGUAUAUAUUUAAGUUUGCUAUUUGUAGGUUCAUCAGUUGAAGACUUCAAAUUGGGCGAAUUUGUCUUAUUUUCCAGACAGUAGACGUGACAAAGAAUACCGAUUUAUGAUACUUUCUUGUACAUUUUGCACAGCUUAUAGUUUAUAUGUAAAUAUCUGAAUUAAAAAAAAAAGUUUUUAAUUGCUAUUUUAUAAUGGAUUGAAAGAGAAUGAUCUCUAAUAAAAGAAAAAACAUA